AUGGCGCCUCGCGACCAGAGUCCUCGCGCAAGCGACCAUCGCCGCCCAUACUCAGACCGUCGCGACCACAACCCAAGAGACACACGCGACCAACGACCACGCCGCGAUCGCAGCAAGUCUCGCGACCGUGCCCUCACUCUGCUCGAGGCGGCGGACGCGGCGGCAACGCAAACCACAGAACCUCCGACCGCGACCACCGACAAGCUCGCUCGCGCUCUCCCAACCGCUCUUCGCAUCCUAGUCACAACAACUCUGCACGCCAGCGCUCUCCUCCCCGUGCACCGCGCGGCGCACCUAACGCUCGCGAUCACCGCAAAUCCAAUGUCAAGGCCGAGGAAGCUCCUGCGCGGAUAG